UCCUCGCCUCUCGCGCGAGUUCGGCCAGUCGUUGAUUCCAAAGUACCCCGUGACGUCGAGUUGGAAUCGGGAUAUGGAUCGGCAACAUCGUCGGCGUCGAGCUCGACCAGCGGCCUACCCUUAGUCAGCUUGACCCCAGCACAUAUCAGACACCUCAACCAGCAGUUAGAAAGACUACCGGCAGUCGAGAGACUCCGAUUCGUCAAGCUGCUCUUCCCCAACCUGUACCAGUCGACCGCCUUUGGGCUCACAGGCCUGGUGACCAUCGACAUGUUGUCCAAGAUCAAGCAGGAAGACCCCGCGUCUGCCGAUAUCGACCUCAUCUUCUUGGACACCUUGUACCACUUCAAAGAGACAUAUGACCUGGUCACCAAGGUCAAGGCCAAAUACCCCAACAUCCGGGUCCACACGUACCGCCCAGACGGCGCCAACACAGCAGCCGAAUUUGAGGAGCGAUACGGCGAGAAGCUGUACGACACGGCAUCCGAGCUCUACGACUGGAUCGCCAAAGUUGAGCCCCAACAACGGUCGUACAACGACCUCAACGUCGCAGCCGUCCUAACGGGCCGCCGCUGGUCCCAAGGCGGACAGCGCGACAAGAUCGGCGUCAUCGAGGUGGACGACGAAACGGGGAUCGUCAAGAUCAACCCGCUGGUGGACUGGACCUUCGGCCAAGUCAAGCGGUACAUCACCGAACACGACGUGCCGUACAAUGUGCUGCUGGACCGGGGAUACAAAUCCGUCGGCGACUGGCACUCGACGAGCCCGGUAGCCGAGGGCGAAGACGAGCGCGCGGGCCGGUGGAAGGGUCAGGAGAAGACGGAGUGCGGUAUCCACAACAAGAAGUCGCGGUACGCUCAAUACCUCGAGGACAUGGCGCGCAAGGAG